ACGUUUAUCUGAAAGUUACAGACAUGUAAAAAAAAUCUGUUUGAAAUAUUUAAACAAGGAACGUAAAUUUAUUGCUGUAAAUUUCCUCUACUCGCAUUCUGCAAAUUUAAUAUCACCCAAAAAUUAAAUAUCUAUUAAUGUUAUUUAUAAAAGAGAGUAAAAAGAAUAUAAAUCUUGUUUAUUAGAUAUUCCCGUAUUUAAAUACAUGAUUUGGAGUUUAAAAAGUAAUAGAGUUCUUUGAUGAUGCUCUCUUCCGUGUUUAUUGCUAUCAUAGUUGCCAUAACAUCAAUGCUUAUGGUAGCAAUAAAAUAUUUUUACUGGAGAAGGAAAUUUUCUCAGUUGAUACCAGGAAAACAGACCAGAUUCUUCGAUCCUUUAGGAAAUUUGAGUGACCUGCCAUUAAGUGAAAAAUCAAGAAAUGGGUACUCUUUGAAUGUCAUCUUUUUGCAGAUGCUUGGUGGAUUUUCAAAAUUAUUCGAAAAGCAGAAGCUGUUUUGCGUUUGGUUCUUUUGUUCACCCGUUAUAGUACUGGCGAAAGCUGAAGCUGUCGAAGUCAUAUUAAGCAAUCCUAAAAUGAUUGAAAAAAGUUGGUUCUACAGUUGGACUCGACCAAUUAUCGGAUAUGGAUUGCUCACAAGCGGCAAUGGCAAAUGGAAGUCCAGGCGGAAGCUGCUGAAUCCUUGCUUUCAUUCCGAAAUCCUACGGGACUUCAUAACCGUGAUGAACAAACAAGCCCGUGUUUUAAUCAAACACUUCCAGCAUGAAACUAUUAAAGAUUCCACUGAUAUCGUCUUGCCAUUGUCUCUUUGUUCAUUGGAUAUAAUAUGCGAAACGAUCCUGGGUGUAAACAUUGGUGCUCAAGAAAAAGAAAUUAAUACGUAUUCGCAAUUUGUUGAAUCUCUGCACAGAGGUAUGGAACUUGUUGUGGAACGAAUGGGAAACUGCCUCCAUUGGUCAGAUUUCAUUUACAGUUUUACAGCAAAUGGCAAAGAGUUUAAGAAGUACAUUAAAAUCGGGCAUGACUUCACUAGAUGUGUUAUUCAACUGAAAAAAGAAAAGUAUCUCAGAGGAGACUUGAAGAUUGGCGAAAGUAAGAGAAGUUCCUUAAUGGAUGUGCUGAUGGAACAUCAUCUUCAGACAAAGGAUUUCAGCGAGGAAGACAUCAGAGAAGAGCUCCUCACAUUUCUACUAGCGGGUCAUGAUACAACAGCAACCAGCACAAUAUGGGCCUUAUACUUGAUUGGUCAUCAUCCUGAAGUUCAAGCAAAAAUUCAUGAAGAACUCGAUUUAGUUUUUGAAAACGAUAUGGAAAGACCAGUAACUAUCGACGACUUCGGAAAUCUGAAAUACCUGGAAUGCGUUUUUAAGGAGAGCAACAGGCUAUAUCCUCCAGCUCCAUUUUUCGCAAGAGAUCUCAGCGACGAUGUAAACAUAUGUGGUUAUACUUUACCGAAAGGAUCGACUUGUCUCAUAAUGUCGUAUCACUUACACAGAGACGAAGAUGUGUUUCCCAAUGCAGAAGUAUUUGAUCCAGAUCGUUUCUUACCAGAGAAUUCAGCUAAUCGUCACCAUUAUAGCUAUGUUCCUUUUUCAGCUGGUCUAAGGAACUGUAUAGGUCAAAGAUUUGCAACAAUGGAAUCAAAAGUUGUUGUCUCGUCCCUUCUAAGGAAGUUCACCAUCGAAUCUCUGGAUUCAAGAGAUACUGUUUUACCGUCGUUGAAAAUUCACUUAAAGCCGUCCGGCCCAAUAAGACUGAGAAUAAGACCUCGACAUUCAAAAGAUCUGUGAAUUAUUUUUCAUAGAAAACUAGUGUUUAAAUGUUAAUGAGAAAUUUGUCUUUAUCUGAAACAAGUAUUCUUAGGAACAUGUACGAUUCUUUUAAUUCGUCACAACAUAAUAAAUAUUCAAUUAUUUAUUUUA